CGGAGGUGAAAGGCAAAAUAGGCUAUUUUUUAGCCAUUAAAAGGUUGUCGUUAUUCUUUGUUGAAAUUAAUGUUCAGCUUUCAUAUUUUGUUAUGUACGACUCAUUUAAUCAAACCAAGUAAUCGUUCAUGCCUUUUUUCAAAUCAAGUAAGCUUAUUUGUGUAUUAAAAACGACAGUAGAGUUGCAGCCAGCGUCAUCUUACUUAAGGCACUCAAGCUCAAAUCGUAAAGUAAUUUAAAUAAAGUAGGCUAAACGUGGCAGCGGACUGUCUGUCUUCAGCGCGCACGCAAGAACUUGCAGACUUGAUACAACUGUGUUGAGAAUUUAAAAAGAAAGCAUUUUAUGAGAUUUUUAACUAGAGUUACCGGGAAUACGACUCUGCACACCCAGAUGUUCUGGAGCUGUUUCCCCGCAUGCCCCGACACAAAUUAAGCACUGUAAACAACAAACAAAAAGCCCAGUAUUAUUAGUGCGUGUGUGACAGCAAUACACAUUUUGGAUACUGUACCGCGAGGCAGCUUGUGAAGAAAAAUAUUUUAAUGGAAAGGGGAAACAUUCUCAAGAUACUGCAAAUACUUUGGAGAACCAACUUUAUCAAGUGUAAAUCAAUAUGGAUUCCACAACAAGCAGAACCUCUGGGGAGGAAGAUGAAUAUUACAAUUAUGAAGACUACUUACUAUAUGCAGUGUGCCAAAAGCAAGACGUCAAAGCAUUUGGAAGAAUAUUCCUCCCAGUUUUGUAUACAUUUGUGUGUGUGUUCGGAUUAAUUGGAAACGGGCUGUUGGCAGGCAUUUUGAUUAGGUACAUAAAGCUGAAAAGUAUGACUAACAUAUAUCUGCUGAACCUGGCCAUCUCAGACCUGCUGUUUGCAGCCACACUUCCAUUUUGGGCCACUUAUGCCCAGUCCCAGUGGUAUUUUGGAAACAUUGGGUGCAAAGUGAUAACCCUGAUCUACACAAUAAACUUCUACAGCAGCAUUUUGUUCAUAACGUGCAUGAGCCUGGACAGGUAUUUAGAAAUUGCGUGGGCCUUUUCCACCAAAAAUCUUAGGACAACAUUCAAGAGCUGUAUAAUAUGCGCUGCGGUGUGGGGCAUCUCGAUCCUGGCUUCAGUUCCUGAUUCUGUAUUCAUCAAGCUGCAACAUCAUGACGGGCAGGUUAUCUGCAUCCAUGAUUAUGGUGAUGAACAUAUGUCAUUAUGGAAGGUUAUCCUCCAGUUCAAGCUCAACGUUCUUGGAUUCCUCCUACCUUUUCUAGCCAUAUUUUUCUUUUACUCACGUAUAGCCUGCAUCAUAAACAAGACUGGUUCCAAGCAAAAAAGCAAAGCUUUAAAACUGGUCGUCACCUUAGUGGUUGUCUUCUUUGUGCUGUGGUUCCCCUACAACGUGGUCCUGUUUUUGCAUUCCCUGCAAGACCUCCAUGUGAUAUCAGACUGCAAGAUCAGCAAGGACUUAGACUUCGCCCUUCAAGUGACAGAGAGCCUUGCUUUUGUCCACUCCAGCCUAAACCCCUUCCUGUAUGCUUUUGUGAACAAAAAGUUUAGGAAAUACCUUAAUAACAUUGCAAAAAAUAUUUGCAGAAGAGGAACAGACUAUUCUUUAAAGUUUUCUAGCACAAGAACACCCACAACUCAGAUUGAAAUGAAUGAAAUGAGCUAAAAAUGAUACAGAUAAUACCUGAAACACAACCUUCAGUAGAUGUUUCUUAACUAUAAAGACAAGCAGGUUAUAUUUACAACAGCUUAAAAUGUUAACGUAAUAAUUAGUCAUGUAUUGACUUUGUAACAAUGCACUUGCAUUCGUAACAGAGUUGUGCUUUUUAGAUUUCUGCAAACAUCACCAUUCCAGGAGCACAUAGCAAAUUGUCUUGAUUGACACAUUGGUGAAUGCACCCGCUGUGUUGAGGAAAGAACCUAUUGCACUGGUACCCACUGUGCCCCUUGUGAAAACACUGACCAAAAUCCUGACAGGAUUUCUUCUUCUGUUUUCCCGUGAUUGUUGCUGAAUAGUUGCACACAGCUUUCACAUGAUGUGUCAUAAGUUGCAGACUAGAGGAUUUUAUAAUUUUGCUUAUAUAAAAGCUUAGUGCUACAAAACAUUUAAAACAUAAAACUGUAAAAGAACACUUAUAAUCAAGACUCAAUUAUAUGACUAAUACUUUAUGCAAAAAGCCAUUUUAAUUGUAAAGCAAGCAAACAAACAUACCCUUAUAUACAUUAUAUUAUAAUUAUCCAAACUGUUUGGGACCGAUACUAGUUAGCAUAAUCAAUUUGUAUAGAUAAUCAAACCGGUAUUAAUAACAAUUACUUUACCUUUAAUAAUGUAUAGAAUAAAGUUAACAUACACAAGUACUUGGUACACAAGUACCUACUGAUUAGGUGCUGUGUGUAGUGUACCUGUGUACCUCACACACCUUUUAUUCAUAUACACUGCUCACUGAAACUACAGCUUGAAUCAACUCCAUCUCCCUACACUGCUUGCAACCUCUGGUGACAGCGGAGACCUCGCGGGAAAGUUCAGGAUUGACAGCUUCAUAACAACCACAGCGCAGGCAAGCGCUGUACGCGUGCGCAGCACGACAAGUGUAGAGCUUGUCUGCACUUGUCAGCGACUUGGAAGCAUUCUGCAGCCGCCCAGAUUUGGGGAUCAACUGAGGAGAGAACUAAAAUUUUACGAUUACACCGUGUAACAAUUUUUUUUUUGUUCCUAGGUAGUAAGUGUUAUUUCUUAAUUGCUUAUGCCUCAAAAGUAUAGAAAAUGGCUAUUAUUCCCCACAAACUUUGCUUUUGUGACCAGGACCGUGAUAUUUUGAAAUUUACCUAUUUUCCAGAACAUUCCAGAUAGAUUCAGUGCUGAGUAAACUUGGAGUAACUUCUAGAACUUUCUAGAACUUUCCAGUAAUAUAAAUAGUAGUAUAAAUACAGGGGCCUUAAGCCCACCAGUUCAGUUUAGUUCCAGCUGCCUAAGUGGAUACAUAUCUGCAUUUUUCUGAGAUGGCAUCAAGAGGCUGCAAGCAUCCGGCAGACGCAUUUUGCUAUGUCUGCGGCCAAUUUAUCAAGACAAGAACGAAAAAGUACUCAGUGGAAGCAUCUGCUAAGAUGUGUGAGGCCUACAAGGCAUAUUUCGGCAUGCCUGUCGGGGAUCAAGACAAACCCUGGACACCUCAUUUCACCUGCGAGCACUGCAAAAAAACUCUGGAAGGUAAGAUGGACAAUUGUUGCUCGGAAUUUUAUGUUAUAAAAUUUGUUAAAAUUUUUUAAAUUGUAAAAGUUUUUAAUUUUAAAAUGUUUUACAGUUUUCAAUGUUAUUGAAAAAAUAUAUCAUAUAUCACAUAUGAAAAAUGUUGCGAGACUACCUUCUGAACCUGUACUAGAAAUGAGAAAUUUAGGUGUGAUCUCCGACCCUACUCUUUUAGUUGAGAAACCUAUCAAAAAGAUUACAAAAUCGUCUUUUUAUCAUUUGAGAAAUAUUGCAAAACUUAGACCUAUAAUCUCUACAUCUGAUGCUGAAAGACUAGUACAUGCCUUUGUAUCCUCCAGAAUUGAUUAUUGUAAUGUGUUAUUUUCUGGCAUCCCAAAAUGUUUAUUGUCUCAUUUGCAACUGGUUCAGAAUGCUGCUGCUAGAAUCUUGACUAAAACUAGAAAAGGGGUACAUAUCACCCCAGUGUUGGCUUCUUUGCAUUGGCUUCCUGUAAAUUUUAGAGUUGAUUUUAAAAUACUGUUAUUAACUUAUAAGGCCCUAAAUAACUUGGCACCAACCUAUUUAGGAGAACUGCUUACCCCAUAUAUCCCUGAUCGUAACCUUAGAUCCCUGAAUAUGGGAUUGCUGGUAAUCCCUAAAGUAAAGUACGUUAAGUGGGGAGGAAUGGCUUUUUGUUAUAGAGCCUCCAAACUUUGGAGUGAGCCACCAACACAUGUGAGGGAAGCUGAGACUCUGUCUUUUAAAACCAGACUAAAAACAUAUCUUUGAGCUGGCAUUUUUAUAAUAUGUAUAUGUAUGUAUGGAUCUGUUUUAGUUGUUAUUGUUGUAUCUGUUUGUAUUUUAUCUGCAUUAUAUAUACACAGUGCCUUGCAUAAGUAUUCACCCCCCCUUGGACUUUUCCACAUUCUGUAGUGUUACAACCUGGAAUUAAAAUGGAUUUAAUAAGGAUUUUUUGUCACUGAUCUACACAAAAUAGUCCAUAAUGUCGAAGUGGGGAAAAAAAUCUGCAUAUUUUUCAAAAUUAUUUACAAAUAAAAAACUGAAAAGUC